UCGGACGAGGGACAUUGUUAAAGGGGUAGGUCGCUACUAGUAAGGGCUGAUUCUGACUUACAGAGAAGCAGGGGUACUUUGAUCGUACCGUACAAACAGGAUGUAUCUGACAACGGGUUCCGCGAACGGGAAUGGAGGGACCCUCGGUGGUACGAGCAACUACGAGGGCAAUAACCUGGGUAUUGCCGCCCAGGGAAACUUCGGUGGAGGAGGAUACGGGGGCACAGGCGGUUCGGGGAAGACCUGCUACAACUGUGGAAAGGUGGGGCAUUUCGCGAGAGACUGUUGGAGCGGAAGGGGGAGACAACACCAACAGAACUCGCUAGAUCCUGAAAUCGAAGAGAUGAAGGAGCAGUUCAGGCUGGCAAGGAAGGAAAGACAAGAACAAGAAGAAAGGAAGAGAAUUGAGGAGGAAAAGAAGGCAAAAGAGGCGGAAGAGAGACGGAGGAAUCAGGACUUCGCGAGGAAGAUGGAAGAGCUGAAGCUACAACUACGUAUAGACCUUAAUGAAGAAUGGAGAAAGAGGAAUCAGGCCGCAGAGGAGGCGGUAAACGACACUAGGAGGGAAGGGUCGAGCAACAAGAACAGGAGGGGAAAGAGAGGUCGUCGGAAGGUGCGGAAGGUAAAGAAGAAACACCAGUCUGAUGCAAGCGACGAAUGGACCACGGAGACAGAAUCGGACUCGAGUAGUACAGAUACCGUUAGCGACUUGGACGAGGACUUCAAGCGGACGAAAUCCAGGAAGCGAGGAGGAAAGGGGAAGACAAGGACAGAGGGAAGGAAAGGGAAGAUGCCGGCACCGGCAAAGGAGGACACCCCAAUCGCGCAUGAGAGAGGGGAGUGCUCAAGAAGAGCGUCGAUGGAAGGGAGGGGGGGCGAGAACCGAGAAGAAUCGGCGAAGGGAGAAGAGGGGAGGAUUAGGGAUGCGGAACCUAGAACUCCGCUGACGGACGGCUAUAAGGGACUCUCGGCAGGCUGCUCGCAACAGGGGCUGAUAGAAUAUUGCCUAUCGGCGCACAAGAUAUAUUUGGAAAAGAAGGUUAAUGCACUUAGAAGGAUAUGCGAAAGAAAGGGGAUCAAGUACACGAUGAAACCCGAAGCGGUAGAAAUACUGGCGAGGCAACAGGUACAACUGGCAUACGAAGGGUUCGACGCGGCCAAGGAGGGAGAGGACACAAGAGGGAAGGGGAAGGCUCCUGUGACGCCAAGGAAAGAAACAGUAAACGAGAAGAUCGUUUUGGAAACGCCAUCAAUGAGACAGCCAAGAAUUAUCCUCAAGUCGGCACCGACGCGUGUGAAGUGGCGGGGGCAAAGUGUCAGGGGGGACGUAACUAGGAAAAUUGAGUCAGUAAUCACGAGCACGACCAUGUUACUAACGAUGCGUGGCCAGAUCCCGUGGCUUGAGAAGUACGUAAUGAGAGCAGAGGGAUGGGAGUGCAUGCUGGACCUGGACACGGGAGGUGUGUACGCGGUGGUGAUCCCUUGGACAAGGAAGGUGUACGUGGGCUGCACGGUUAGACCCAUCAUACAGAGAUGGAGAGAACACUGUAAUAACGCUAGGAACGAUGCAAUAGGACUGAUGCCCCAUCUAUAUAGGUGGCUUAGGUCCUUCGGAGUCGAUAGGUAUCUUGUUAUUCCUAUUAGACACGCAAGCACGACGGAUGACUACGCAUACGAAAGGUUUCUGAUCUCCAUCUUAUGCCCAAGCCUGAAUACAAGGGAGGUAGGGAAAACGGAAAGGAGAAGACGGAGGUGUCAGAGGAAGGGGAAGCGGGAGAGAAGGGGUAGGGGAUGUGCGACGAACGCAAAGAGUGUGGUAACAUGUACACACCGUGGUGUAAAGGUGGCGUCUAUCAUGAAGUGGCUUGAUGAUCAUCGAGAGGAUAGGGAGGAUCUGGGAAGCGUGACAUUCAACAGUGGGGAAGUCUGGAUGGACGGAUGGCGAAGGAUCAGGAAUACAUACGGGGAAACCACGCUGGAAUUCGCAGAUGGUGACAGGAAGCUGAAAGCUUCAAAGGGGCUGCUGAUGAAGGGUGACACCGUGGUAAUCAGGAAAAUCGUCAAGGAGAAGACGACUACGGAGAAGAAUAGAGCGAUCCUACGCAAUCUGCUAAGGAGACCGAAGCCAGCGGUUUUUCUGACACGUAUGACUGUGAAUAAGCUCAUUGGCUUAUACCGGACAGCGGGCCUGUUCGUGGAAAAGAAAACCAAAGCCUCUCUACGGGUGAAGAUAGAUACGGCGAUGAGAAGAAAGACGGGGGUGAGCAUCAGGAAACGCAUCGUAAUCAGACUCAAGUACGACUCAAGAAUCAGAAGGACCAGCGUGCGGAAAGCGGCGGAAGAUCUUAUCAGUGGAAAGAUGACCAACCUUCCACUGGCAUCCUUCAUUAAGACCAGGAUCAGACUGGUCUGGUGUAGGAACAAGACUGUUGGUCAGUUGUUGCACAACCAGAAGAGCUACGCAACCGACGUCGAAAUCUGCCAUUGCGCAGAAAGUGAGUUACCGAAGGUCGACGGACACGUAAGGACGAGAUUCACGGACUUGCAGGAUGUACCGAGCUUCGUCAGGAAUUUGCGGAAUGUAACGGCUUCGGCGGGUAUGGUGGACGUGCGAACCAUAUCGCAGGCCAUUCUGACUGCCACGAACCAUUUGAAGGGACCAGCAACGACUGUGGACCUACCGGCGGACAUUGUUCGCGAAGGAGCUAAGCGAGGACCAGCUUGGACGGAAGAAGAGGUUAGAAGAUGGAAGAUCGCUAAUAUGAGGAACGUAUGUUACGAGUUCUUCGCUUGUUGCAUUCUGCACAACAUUAUCAUAGAUGCUGGCAUCCCCGUUGACGAGGACUUGCUGCGCAGGGCAGGGAGGGGAGAUGACGACGGCGACGGCGGCGGCGACGAUGGCCACGCAGGCGAUGAUGUUGAGGAAGAGGAAGACGAUGCGGAGGCUGAGCUACGAAGAGAAGGGUCCUUGUUGUUCGCUAGCCAUCGCAUUCGUCGAGACGCCGCAACUGCGCUGCGUUCCUCUGUCGUUCGCCAUGCUCUCCAUGUCUCGAGGGUUUUCCGUGUCGACGGUGGUGCACAGCACUAGUAGGG